AUGGCAAAAACAAUUUCGGUUUCUAUAAAAGAUAAAAUCGCAGAGUAUCAACAAAAAAAUCCAAAUGUAAAACUUGAAAAUAUGAAAGAGGUAGAUUUUACAUUACGUGCAGGAUCACCUGCAAUUGAUAAAUUGGAUGCAUCUAUAGCAGUUUUCAAAAAUUGCCAAAAAUUAAGUUUAUCUACAAAUCUAAUAGAAAAAAUAACGGCUAUGAACGGAACACGAGGUAUUGAUAAUUUGAAGAAAUUAAAAGUAUUGUAUGUUGCCUAUAACAAUAUAAAAAAAUGGGAUGAAUUUGAACGUUUCUGUAAUUUACCACUUUUAGAAGAUUUUAUAUUCAUUGGCAAUCCAUUGUAUGAUACGAUAGAUCCAGCAAAAUAUACUAAAGAGAUAACUAAACGAAUUCCCACUUUAAAAGUAUUAGAAGGUGUUCCUGUAUUAGGGGACGAUGAAUCCGACGAUGAUUAA